UUGAGUUUUCAACAACAAACUUGGAUCAAUCAUAGGAAUCAUCAUCCGAUAUGACUUAUUUUUUGUGACUCUGUGAUUCAAUUUAUUACUUUAUUAUUUAUUACUUUAGUUUAGUUAAUUCCAUGUUCCAUGUAUUAGUAAUCCUGUUAAUUGUUUUUUUUUAUUGUGGUUGACGAACUUGAUAUAAACGCAAUGUAGCCGGUUACAGUUUUUAGAUAGUUGGGUGUAUAUAAGACGCUGACAGUUGGAUGGGGACUCACAGUUGGAAUCCGCAACUGUUCGCAAAAGGUCCUUAAAGACUGUAAUCCAUCGAAAAUGGCCGACAAGAAGAAUCUCCUCCUGCUGUUCGAGCAUCCCACGGAGCCCGUUUUCAUGGACAAGGGCGGCAACGGCACCUUGUUCGAUGUGCCCACCUCCUACGUGACCGAGCGCUACAACAAGAUGUGCAAGAACGUCCAGCGGCGUGUUAGCGCUAGUGGGUUCGAGAAGUGCGUCCUGGUCAAGGAGAUCGAGAUCCCGGAUCUCAGCUGCCCCAUGAGACUGGGCCGUUCGGAGCAGUUCUCGCACUUCCUGAAGUCCCACCGCCAGAUGGCCAGCGCUUUGAUCGAUGUCUUCAUCAAAAUGCCCACCGUGGAUGAACUGCAGAGCGUGGCGGUGUACGCCAGAGAUCGUGUCAAUCCGGUGCUCUUCAACUACGCCUUGUCGGUGGCCAUGCUCCACCGUCCGGACACCAAGGACCUGGGUCUGCCCACCUUCGCGGAGAUCUUCCCGGAUCACUUCAUCGACUCCCAGAUGAUUCGCAAUAUGCGCGAGGAGUCCUUUGUGGUGGAGCAGACAGCUGCCCGCCUGCCCGUCGUUAAUUCGGUCAAGUAUACCGCCUCUGACUUCGACGUGGAGCACCGGCUGUGGUACUUCCGCGAGGACAUGGGCGUCAACCUGCACCACUGGCACUGGCAUCUGGUCUAUCCCAUAGACGCCCCCGACCGCAGCAUCGUGGACAAGGACCGCCGUGGCGAACUGUUUUACUACAUGCACCAGCAGAUCGUUGCCCGCUACAAUGCCGAGCGGCUGAGCAACCACAUGGCCCGGGUGCAGCCGUUCAACAAUCUGGACGAGCCCAUUGCCGAGGGCUACUUCCCCAAGAUGGACUCCUUGGUGGCCAGCAGGGCGUUUCCUCCGCGUUUCGACAACACCCGCCUGAGCGACGUAGAUCGCCCCAACAACCAGUUGAGAGUGGGAAUCGACGACAUGAAGCGAUGGCGCGAGCGCAUCUACGAGGCCAUCCACCAGGGCUACGUUUUUGAUGAUAACAAUGAAAAGAUUGCGCUGGAUGACGUGAAGGGGAUCGACAUCCUGGGCAACAUCAUAGAGGCCUCCGCAUUGACGCCCAACAGUACGCUGUACGGCGACUUGCACAACAAGGGGCACAUGCUGAUUGCGUACUCCCACGAUCCGAUCAACAAGCACCUGGAGUAUGCGGGCGUGAUGGGCGACUCCUCCACCGCGAUGCGCGAUCCGAUCUUCUACAAGUGGCACGCCUUCAUCGACAACAUUUUCCAGGAGCACAAGCGUCAGCUUACCCCCUAUGAGAAGAAGGACCUAAGCUUCCCUGACGUUCGCGUCCAGAGUAUUGAAGUGGAGAGCCAGGGUAAGAUCAACAGGCUGACCACAUUCUGGCAGGAGUCCGAUGUGGACAUGUCCCGCGGCCUUGAUUUCGUGCCGCGCGGCCACGUCCUCGCUCGGUUCACCCAUCUGCAGCACCACCCAUUCAGCUACACCAUCACGGUGGAGAACUCCAGCGAGGCCACGCGGUAUGGAUACGUGCGCAUCUUCAUGGCGCCCAAGAUGGAUGAUCGCAACAAUCCCAUGCCGCUGGAGGAGCAGCGCCUGAUGAUGGUGGAGAUGGACAAGUUCGUUGUUACCAUGCCGCCCGGAAGCCAAACUAUUACCCGGAACUCUACGGAGUCGAGUGUCACCAUUCCGUUUGAGCGCACCUUCCGGAACCUGGACCAGCUGGAGGAGCUGGAGAAUUUCAUGUGCGGCUGCGGCUGGCCCCAGCACAUGUUGAUUCCAAAGGGUCGGGCCGAGGGUCUAAGUUUCGACCUAUUCGUCAUGGUUUCCAACUACGAAGACGAUAAGGUGGAGCAGAAGGCAGCGGAUUGUGGCUGCAGCAUUGCCGCUUCCUACUGCGGACUGCGCGAUCGCCUAUACCCGGACCGCAAGUCCAUGGGCUAUCCUUUCGAUCGCAGCAUCCGCCGGGGCUCUGAGAUUUUGGAUAGGUUCCUUACGCCCAACAUGCGCGCCGUCGAGGUCAUCAUUACCCAUGAGUCCCGUACCGAAAAGCUUUCCGAGUUGCCGGCCCGCUCCUGAUUUCGAGAUGCAUCAUA